CAAUCGCAGAAGCAUUGACAACCCUAUCGAUUGCUUCUAGAAAAGUCGGCAUUUUUCGCAUUUUCACCUGGCACGGCACAUUUCGCAGCGUGUUUUAUUAAACAGUCGUACAAAAAUACAGGAAGAUCUGUAAUUCGACAGCGGUAUCCUCUCCCUUAUCAGAAAUGGACAAGGUGAACGAACUCAAGGAAAAGGGUAACCAGGCGCUCAGUGCCGAGAAGUUCGACGAGGCGGUGGCGGCGUACACAGAGGCCAUCGCUCUGGACGACCAGAACCAUGUGCUCUACAGCAACCGUUCGGCGGCAUUCGCCAAGGCCGGAAAGUUCCAGGAGGCGUUAGAAGAUGCGGAGAAGACCAUUCAGCUUAAUCCCACCUGGCCGAAGGGUUACUCACGCAAAGGAGCUGCCGCUGCUGGUCUGAAUGACUUCAUGAAGGCCUUCGAAGCGUACAACGAGGGUCUCAAGUACGAUCCCACGAAUGCUAUACUCCUGCAGGGCCGCAUGGAAACUACUGCCUCGGCUCUGAGCUUUAUGCAAUCGCAGGGGGAUAUACCCAUGGACGUUGAUCCCCAGCAGGUGCGCAGCCGCAGGGCUCCAUCGCCACCACCGGCGAAACCGGCUGAGCCCCCAAAGCCCGCUGAACCUCGGGUAGAGGACAUGACUGAGGAGCAGAAGAAUAAGUACUUCGCGAGGAAGGAGAAGGAACUGGGCAACGCCGCCUACAAGAAAAAGGACUUUGAAACGGCCCUAAAACAUUACAACGCUGCCAUUGAACACGAUCCCACGGAUAUCACGUUCUAUAACAACAUAGCUGCUGUUCACUUUGAGCGCAAGGAGUACGAGGAAUGCAUCAAGCAGUGCGAGAAGGGCAUUGAGGUGGGGCGCGAAAGCCGCGCCGACUUCAAGCUGAUAGCUAAGUCCUUUGCUCGCAUCGGAAACACCUAUCGUAAGCUAGAGAACUACAAGCAGGCAAAGGUUUUCUAUGAGAAGGCCAUGUCCGAGCAUCGCACCCCUGAGAUCAAGACCUCGCUGAGCGAGGUGGAAGCCAAAAUCAAGGAGGAGGAGCGAAUGGCCUACAUCAAUCCGGAGAAGGCCGAGGAAGAGAAGGAGCAGGGCAACCUCUUCUUUAAGAAGGGGGACUACAGUACCGCUGUAAAGCACUACACCGAGGCCAUCAAGCGCAAUCCGGAUGAUCCCAAACUCUAUAGUAACCGCGCCGCCUGCUACACCAAGCUGGCGGCCUUUGAUCUGGGCCUCAAGGACUGCGACACUUGCAUCAAGCUAGACGAAAAGUUCAUAAAGGGCUACAUCCGCAAGGGCAAAAUUCUACAGGGCAUGCAGCAACAAUCUAAGGCGCAAGCCGCUUACCAAAAGGCCCUGGAACUGGACCCCAACAACGCGGAGGCCAUUGAAGGCUACCGUCAGUGCUCGAUGAACUUCCAGCGCAAUCCGCAGGAGGUCCUCAAGAACGCCAUGUCCGACCCGGAGAUUCAACAGAUCUUAAAGGACCCAGCUAUGCGCAUGAUCCUCGAGCAGAUGCAAAACGAUCCCAAUGCGGUCAAAGAACACUUGCAGAAUCCAGCCAUCGCCGAUAAGAUAAUGAAACUUCUGGAGUCGGGCAUCAUUCAGAUUCACUAGGCACUCCAGAUCCACAAACGAACAUCCUCAUACAAUCACUAACUCACACACAAACCCCAUUGAUAAACAUUCAGGAGAGAACCAGUACGCAUUAAACAAAAUGUAUGGCAUCUCUAAGCUGGUUAACCAAUAUAUCGUUUUUGAUGAAACGGGCCACAAUUAACGCUAAACGUAAUUACCUAAGAAAUCACAUCGCCUAUUCGCAGAACGACGAUAACUACCACUAACAGAAAUUUAAACUAAAUGGAGAAAACAAAAUCAUUGAUAAAUGUCUGCCUAAUUGUUUUACGCAGACGGGUGGAGUAGGCUCCAAACGUCAUGGUCCUUAUUUUCUUACUACAAUAAAUAUGCUGUAGCUUAGCUCUAAAAUAA